GACCUGUUCUGCCGCUCGGCCCAGGACCAUGGCAAAGAUCAAGGCACGAGAUCUGCGAGGCAAAAAGAAGGAGGAGCUCCUCAAGCAGCUGGAUGAUCUCAAAGUGGAACUGUACCAGCUCCGUGUUGCCAAGGUAACAGGAGGAGCUGCGUCAAAGCUUUCCAAGAUCCGUGUCGUGCGCAAGUCCAUUGCCAGAGUCCUUACCGUCAUUAAUCAGACACAGAAGGAGAACUUGAGAAAAUUCUACAAAGGCAAGAAGUACAAGCCGUUGGAUAUGCAGACCAAGAAGACCCGAGCCAUGCGCCAGCGACUAAACAAGAACGAGGAGAGUUUGAAGACGACGAAACUGCAGAGGAAAGAGCGUCUGUACCCCAUGCGCAAAUACGCUGUGAAAGCUUAAAUGUUCACACACAGAUCUCAUUAAAUUUAAGAAAAAAAAAAAAAAAAAAAA